UGCAAUAAAAUAUUGCUUCUUCCGUCAGAUCCUUUAGCACAGUAAUUUCAAUGCUGGUUCUCACUCGUUAUAGCACCCUUGCUUGAAACAUUUUUGGCAGCAUUUGAAUACAACUAAAAAGGUUAUUGACCCAAUCCCCUCGAAUAUUAUCAGAAAAAAGAUUCGACAACUACUUCUACAUGGAUGAAAGGUUCACAAAGUGCUGCACACCCCAAAGUGUUAUUUUCUAAUCAGUUAUAACUCAUUUUGGCUGAUUAUAUUUAUGGAAAAAUGCCACUGAAUUACUUAAGUUACAUUCAUAUUGCACAUCAAUCUCUAUCAUCAUCAAUCUCUAUCAGACAGAUCAUGAGAUCUCUAAGGAGGAAUGGCUUGGCUAAAAUAGCUGCCUUGGCUGUAGGAAGAAAGCAAGCAUAGCAGUGAAAUAGCGUUUUUUGGGCUGUUUUUGUCUGUUGCGCCGUAAAAGUCGAGAUUGUUCUAGAGAUGGAAUUUGACGGACUUAAAAUUAUGCUCAAGUUUUUCAAGUUAAUUGUCUUUUCCCUUUUAAUUUCAAAUAAUUAAUAAUUAAUAAUUUCAAAUAAAAGCGGACAGCCCAAGUCAUAGAGCGUUCUAGGGAAUUGCACAACGCUAUGAUAUCACAUCUCAGCACUACAUAAAGUCCUUUUUCCGGUGGCUUUCGCCAUUGUGGUUGGCGAUCGUGCUUCGUUCCCAAAUCGAAGCCAAAAGAAGCAACCAUGGUGAACUUCACCGUAGCCGAGAUCCGUAACCUUAUGGAUCUCAAGAAGAACAUCCGAAACAUGUCUGUGAUCGCGCACGUCGAUCACGGCAAGUCGACGCUGACCGACUCGCUGGUGGCCAAGGCCGGUAUUGUGGCUGCUGCCAAGGCCGGCGAGACCCGAUUCACCGACACCCGUAAGGACGAGCAGGACCGCUGCAUCACCAUCAAGUCGACGGCCAUCUCGCUCUUCUUCAACCUGGAGCCCAAGGAUGUCCCGUUCAUCAAGGGAGAGAACCAGAAGGAGAAGGACAACGACGGCUUCCUGAUCAACCUGAUCGACUCACCGGGUCACGUGGACUUCUCGUCUGAGGUGACGGCCGCGCUGCGCGUCACGGACGGCGCCCUUGUCGUCGUCGACUGCGUCUCCGGUGUGUGUGUCCAGACCGAGACCGUGCUGCGUCAAGCCAUCGCCGAGCGCAUCAAGCCGGUUCUGUUCAUGAACAAGAUGGACCGUGCUCUUCUGGAGCUGCAGCUCGAGCAGGAGGACCUUUACCAGACUUUCCAGCGUAUCGUCGAGAGCGUGAACGUCAUCAUCGCUACCUACUCUGACGAGGACGGCCCCAUGGGCAACAUCCAGGUGCACCCGGCCAACGGCUCCGUGGGCUUCGGCUCCGGUCUCCACGGCUGGGCGUUCACCCUCAAACAGUUCGCCGAGAUGUAUGCGGACAAAUUCAAGAUCGACCCAAUCAAGCUCAUGCCUAAGCUGUGGGGUGACAACUUCUUCAACAUGAAGUCCAAGAAGUGGCAGAAGAGCAAGGAGGCCGACAACGUGCGCUCGUUCAACCAGUUCGUGCUGGAUCCGGUCUACAAGGUGUUUGACGCCGUCAUGAACUUCAAGAAGGAUGAGACCGAAAAGCUGCUCACCGCGCUCAAGAUCACGCUCAAGGGCGAAGACAAGGAGAAGGAGGGCAAGCAGCUGAUGAAGGUGGUGAUGCGCACCUGGCUGCCGGCCGGCAACACCCUGCUGCAGAUGAUCGCCAUCCACCUGCCUUCCCCGGUGACCGCCCAGUUCUACCGCAUGGAGAUGCUGUACGAGGGACCGCCCGACGAUGAGGCGGCGCGCGCCAUCAAGGCCUGCAACCCCGAGGGACCGCUCAUGAUGUACGUGUCCAAGAUGGUGCCCACCUCGGACAAGGGACGCUUCUACGCGUUCGGCCGUGUGUUCGCCGGCAAGAUCGCUUCGGGACUGAAGUGCAAGAUCAUGGGACCGAACUAUGUGCCUGGCAAGAAGGAAGACACCACCGAGAAGACCAUCCAGCGCACGAUCCUGAUGAUGGGACGCUACACGGAGGCCAUCGAGGACGUGCCGUGCGGCAACAUCUGCGGUCUGGUCGGCGUCGAUCAGUUCCUCGUCAAGACCGGCACUCUGACCACCUUCCGCGAGGCGCACAACAUGAAGGUGAUGAAGUUCUCCGUGUCUCCCGUCGUGCGUGUCGCCGUGGAGGCCAAGAACCCGUCCGACCUGCCCAAGCUGGUGGAGGGUCUGAAGCGUCUCGCCAAGUCCGACCCCAUGGUGCAGUGUAUCAUCGAGGAGUCUGGCGAGCACAUCAUCGCCGGCGCCGGUGAGCUGCAUCUGGAGAUCUGCCUCAAAGAUCUGGAGGAGGACCACGCUUGCAUCCCGCUCAAGAAGUCCGACCCGGUGGUGUCCUACCGUGAGACUGUGAGCGACGAGAGCAGCGAGAUGUGCCUCUCCAAGUCGCCCAACAAGCACAACCGCCUGUUCAUGAAGGCCGUGCCGAUGCCGGAUGGUCUGCCCGAGGAUAUCGACGACAACGAGAUCUCGCCUCGUCAGGACUUCAAGAUUCGUGGCCGCAUGCUGGCUGACAAGUACGACUACGACAUCACUGAGGCCAGGAAGAUCUGGUGCUUCGGCCCCGACGGCAACGGACCCAACAUCCUGGUGGACUGCACCAAGGGAGUGCAGUACCUGAACGAGAUCAAGGACUCUGUCGUGGCCGGCUUCCAGUGGGCCACCAAGGAGGGCGUGCUCUGCGAGGAGAACAUGCGCGGCAUCCGCUUCAACAUCCACGACGUGACGCUGCACGCUGACGCCAUCCACCGCGGCGGCGGCCAGAUCAUCCCGACGGCUCGCCGUGUCCUCUACGCCUCGCAGCUGAUGGCCUCGCCUCGUCUGCUGGAGCCCGUCUACCUGUGCGAGAUCCAGUGUCCGGAGGCGGCCGUCGGUGGCAUCUACGGCGUGCUCAACCGCCGGCGUGGUAUCGUGGUCGAGGAGAUGCAGGUGCCCGGCACGCCCAUGUUCCAGGUCAAGGCGCAUCUGCCGGUCAACGAGUCGUUCGGCUUCACGGCCGACCUGCGCUCCAACACCGGCGGCCAGGCGUUCCCGCAGUGCGUGUUCGACCACUGGCAGAUCCUGCCCGGCGACCCGAUGGACGCCGGCUCGAAGCCCUCUGUGGUUGUGUCGGAUACGAGGAAACGGAAGGGACUCAAGGAGGGCAUACCCGAUAUCUCCAACUACUUCGACAAGUUGUAAGCGCACCACCAGGACCGGUCGAACGUUAGGCCUUUGCUUCAUAUUAAAAUAUUUUAUUAUGAACCAGCUUGUAUAUUGUUUUACACGCAUCUGCGGCGGCGAGUGGUGGUUGCGUACUGAACUGACGGUCUGGGCCGGAACACCCGGCAACACCUCCUCGACUCCUGAACGGUGGUAAUAAACGGAACAUUUUCCUCGGGGA